AUGAAGCGGCAAAACCCGCCAUGCCGUGUUCCCACUGUCCGCUUAUAUAGCGCGACGGAGCGCCAUGGACCGCAGUGCCGGAGUAGAGAGAAAACGGCAGCAGGACGUCUCAUCUCCCAUCAGGCAAAGAAUUCUAUAUUGGUGAAUGUGGGUUUCCCCAAGAAACUUCCCUCGGCGCUGGAAGGAGGGAGCCGAGAGCAGCUUCUCCGGGCUGGCGAGGGAGAGCGCGCAGGCGGGCCGCGGUCCUCGGCGCGCUUGCUCGCCUGCUUCUUCUUGCGGAGAACAAAGCGCGAAUUUGCAGACGGUUCCCGGCGUGGCGAGCAGAGCCUCCAAAAGGCAGAGAAUGGCAACGCUCCGCUUAGUCCCGCGGCGCCUGCGGAGGUGUGCCCCGAGCCCUCGGCCAGGCGCGCCGCUGAGUGGCUGGAGGGGUCCCCAGCGAGCGGAGGAGGACGCUGGGCAGCCGCGGCGCUAAGCUGCCCCGGUCGCGCUCCGGAUCCGGGUGGAAGGAAGGAAGGAAGGAAGGAAGGGCUGAGGCUCCCGGGCGCCUCCCAGCUGAGCCGCACAUGGCUCUGGGGGAGCGCGAUCGGCGCGCCGAGAGCCUGCAGCCUCGGCGAAGCAUGUGCGCGCUCAACUCCGCCCGGAGUCCUCGACCGGGGCGCAGCGGCUGAACGCGGUGCUCGGCAGAGGGGCGCGCUCGCCGCCACCUGCACGCUCCUGAGCCGAAAGGUCCAAUUAGCCCCAGCUUUUCUGAUCAUGGUCAACAAGACAUUCCAUUACUGGGAUCCCGCAUUUGAGGAUGGUGUCAUCAACAUCAACGUGGGGGGUCUGAGAAGAAGGCUUAGCUCGAGCGCCCUCUCCAAGUUCCCGGACACCCGUCUUGGGCGCUUGCUUUCUUGUGACUCUGAGGAGUCUAUCCUGCAACUGUGUGAUGACUACGACGUGGGUGCCAGGGAGUUCUACUUCGACCGGAACCCAGGUUUCUUCCUGUAUGUGCUUCAUUUCUACCAAACUGGCAAACUUCAUGUUAUGGAGGAGCUGUGUGUCUUUUCCUUUUGUCAGGAGAUCGAGUACUGGGGCAUCAACGAGUUUUUCUUGGACUCGUGCUGCAGUUACCGCUACCAUGAACGGAAACUGGAGAGUCGCCAUCACAGCUGGGAUGAGGAGAGUGAGGUUAGCAGUGUGGACACGUCUCCAGAUGAGAUCUCUGAUUUUAAUCAUGACCUCCUCCGCUACAGCACUCUGCGCUGUGGCAAGCUGCGGAAGCGCCUCUGGCUCACCAUGGAGAACCCAGGCUACUCCAUCCCCAGCAAACUCUUCAGCUUUGUGUCCAUCAGUGUGGUGCUGGUCUCCAUAGCAACCAUGUGCAUCCACAGUAUGGCAGAGUAUCAGCUGGUGGACGAGCAUGGCAAUGCAAUGGAUGACCCCGUGCUGGAAUACCUGGAGUACUUCUGCAUCUCCUGGUUCACUUUCGAAGUGACAUCCCGCUUGCUGCUGGCACCCAACUUGAAGAAGUUUUUCAAACAUCCCUUAAAUCUGAUUGACAUUGUCUCAGUGUUGCCUUUCUACUUCACCUUCCUGGUGGAUGUGACCGUGGGGAGGGAGUCCGAGAUAGGGAACCUGGGCAAGGUGGUGCAGGUGUUCCGUCUCAUGAGGAUAUUCCGGGUGCUGAAGCUGGCACGGCAUUCAACAGGCCUGAGGUCUUUAGGAGCCACCUUGAAGCACAGUUACCGAGAGGUGGGGAUUCUGCUGCUGUACUUGGCUGUUGGAGUGUCUGUUUUCUCUGGCGUGGCCUACACUGCAGAAAAGGAGGAAGAUGUUGGCUUUGAUACUAUCCCAGCCUGCUGGUGGUGGGGGACGGUUAGCAUGACAACAGUAGGCUAUGGAGACGUCGUGCCUGUUACCAUCGCGGGCAAACUGGCAGCCUCUGGCUGCAUCCUGGGUGGAAUUUUGGUUGUGGCACUCCCCAUCACCAUCAUCUUUAACAAGUUCUCCCACUUCUAUCGCAGGCAGAAGGCCCUUGAGGCUGCUGUGCGGAACAGUGACAAGAAGGACCCCGAGGAUUCUGAUAACUACCCCAGCCAAGAGUCGGACAUUCUUAGUGAAGCUUUUCAGAGAGAUGAUAUAUCAGACCAUGGUGACCUCACCAGAAGAAUCCUUCCAAUCCACUGA